AUGGCCGAAGGACGAGUCGCGUGGACGACUUCAGGAAGGUCUUUCGAUGAUGAAAUCGCUGGAGGAACGAAGUACCAAAUCUUCGAGGUACGCCCCGGAAUGAUCGGCUGGCAGCUUGGAAAGGCCAAGACCAACAACGAAGACGAGGUGAUGAGCCAGUUCAUGUCCGCCCACAAGUGCGGUCCAUGGCCCGUCUCUGCCGACGCCGCUUACGACGUGUCGAUUGAUGACACCCUUGUUCACCCUGACAACCUUACCAAAGACCUUCAAGCUGGCAAGAAGAAUCUCGUUCUUCAUGUAGGGUACUUUAUCCCCGGCGAGACGGCAGAUGGACCCAAAGGCUCGAUUUCGGAAAUGAAAGUGGCCGGCCACCAAGCGGCGUUGAAGCGUUCGGAUAUUUCCGAUGAUCAGAUCUAUCAGGUCGUUUUCCAAAUGGGCACAUUUGGAGGGGCGGCAAAGGCCUGUGUCCUCGCCGAUCCUGAUGGAAAUGGAGUCUGCAAUCAGGUUGUCCUCCCGUCCGGACUCAAGCACGUCUUUCUCUUUGAGGAGUUCCUCGACCUCGAGACCAAAAACAAGAAGAUCAGAGCCCGCGGCGUCGGCAACUUGAUUGGUAAAGUCACCGAUCCUGCGGCAUGGAACAAAUGGGAGAAGUCAUCGGGCGUUUCGCGGAAGAAAGCGGGGGAAAAGAAUCCCAUUCCUGCGGAUGGCCUUGAGGCGGACAAUGAAGAUGCACCCAGCGACGAGACGGGCAGGGUUAUCAAGCUCAUUUUCGAAAAUGAGCACACCCUAAAGGCCAAAUUGGCGAGCCUUGACGCGAGAAUGAGUACAGACUCGCUCGAGCCUGAGACCGUGGAGACCAUCAUCCAAGAAAUCGAGGCUUUGGGCCUAGAGCACCCAGGUACAGCAUCCAACAAGAAUUUGGUCCGGAUGCUCUUUCCAGAUCAGCCGUUCGAAAUCCAUCAAGCAACCGAGGCCCUCAAUGAAUCCAAGAAGCUUUGGCCGAACCUUUUCAAGCUCCCUGUUGGUCCGCAGCCCACCCCCGAGCUACUGUUUCGAGUGGGCCAUGCCCUCCGCAAUGCCUUGCGUAACCGCACCAUCGUCAAGUACAACAACUUGGAGACUUUCUUGUGUCUUCUUGUGCUCAUGGACCCGGACAAGUCCAUUGCCAAUGCUUCAGUGUCGAGCCCCGAAUGGACGAACUACGUUGACCAGGCGUACACAGCUGCGAAGCUGUUGCCACCUUCUUCUUCGGAGGGUGAGAGAAAGUCGGUUACGGGGGGAACCCCACUCCGUCGUAGAGACGUCGUGACGAACCUCGUACUGCACAAGCUUACCGAAGUAUCAAAGGUCAUCGACCUAGCCAGUGCUCACAUUGAGCAGCAAGCCGCCAGGACCUUCGGGUUCAAAUCCCUACCGCCUACUAUGACGGCAUCGGCUGCUCUCAGAGGCUUGGCUAAUGAACACGAGUACGGCGCCGCCCGGGUCUAUGUUGAGGGCCUCUAUCGUACCAUUGCAAAGAAGUUUUCUCUUCUUUAUGGUACAGUCAUCGUUGAGGAGAUUACGAAGCUUAAGAACGAAAUUGAGGGUCUUGAGGUAGAAGACAACGAGGACACCACCCCAAGUGAUAGUGGGACGAGCGAGGCAAGCGAGAAAGACGUCGAGAUGGGGGGCAACUGA